AUGUUUGCCAUCUAUCAUCACAAAAUGAUGAAAUCCCUUGCGAGAAGUGCUGCCAAGUCUUCCCCGUUCACUCGAUCCCCAGUCACGAUGUAUCCUCUUCGGACCACGAAACAGGUCGAGUUUGGAGCUGCCUGCGGGCUGAACCGCAUCGUCCCGUUCUUCCCUCCGACGCCCUCCCCGGACCUUCGACCGACCGAGACUCCGCGCCUCUCCCCACACGGAGACGACAGGCUCCCUCCCGCUCCGUCGAACAGGCACAUCCCCGCCGCGAGCCCAAGAGCGAACCUUCCUCGAUCCUCCCCGAUCGAGGACGACCCCGAGCCAGUCGCCCGUCUGCCCUCGGACGUCCUGGCAGGCGCCGACGCGGAACCACCUGCUCCAGAGGCGAAAGAAGCUUCAGAGCACGACGAGGCCAGCGAGGAGCGUGCAGUCGAAGCACCGCACGAAAACGGGCAAGUUCCUCACAAUGAACUCGAUGCAGCGACGCCUGAGAAAAUGCACCCCAAGAAAGCCCAAAUCGGUAAAGCAAUCCUUCUUUUUUAA